GUCCCUUCUUCUCUUAGCAAGCUAAGAAGUACCAAAGUCAAUGAGUAUACGUGUGUGAAGCUGAUUUCGAACUCUCCUGUACCAUUUAAUUCCACGACUUCAAAAUGUCAGACCCGCACGCACACAAAGACGACCAAAGUCUUAGCCCCCACAAAGAGCACGCCAACCUUCCCCGAGGCUACCGCAUACUUGCCGGUCACCCCUCCAUCCCAGAAUACCUCGCCCUCCGCCGCCAAGCUGGAGGUCUCUCCCCAAAGACCGCAAUUCAAGCUGAAAAGGCCAUGGGUGGAAGCUGGUACGCCGCCUACAUCGUCUCCACUAAAGCCAAUCCUGAUGCCACACAGCACCUUAACGAGUCGCAAGCCGAUUUGAUGAACAGAAAUGAAGGGGAGACUGCCGUUGCUAUGGCGAGGGUAAUUGGCGAUGGGGGGUGGUACUUUCACAUUAUUGAUUUUGCUGUAUUGCCAAAACAUCAGAGAAAGGGGUUGGGCCAGGCACUAAUGGCGGAUAUACUUAACAGGAUUCGGAAGGAAGCGCCACCGGGGGCCUAUGUCAAUCUUAUUGCGAAUGAUAAGGGACAGGCGCUAUAUGGAAAGUUUGGGUUCAAGGAGCCAGUGGGAGAUCUUGGCAUGGAAUUGAGGAUGGAGUACCCAGAGGGAGCUGGGCCGGAUGAUGAGAAGAUUCCUAGAGUGGAUGAGACCCGGGCUGGUUAGGGAAAAGAUGAUGGCAAGGAUGAGAAGACGGCGAAUAAGGAAGUCUAGGUGGCUAUAAGUACUCGUUAUGUUUUCUACUGCGAUAUCGAGGACGUCGAUUGAGUUCGAGAACCGAAAUAGAAGAACAUUAACGACGACUCCAUGGCCGACCGCAUCGAUCUCCCUUCCAAGGGUGCUUAGUGAGGAGUAGAUUAGAGAAGAGUACUAUAAGGCGAGAGGGUUUUGCUUAGGACUAUUAGCAGGCUAGCUAGGAGACAAGAGAACAACGGAGGCCAGUAUUUGCAACAGAUGGUGAAAGUCGGGGAGGGAGCUACCCUUCUAUAGAGCGCGAAAACGGACCUAACGGCACUGUGCUGGUAAGGUAAUUGCCGGUGAGCUAAUCGACGGGUGGCUUUAUUACCACAUGAGCUAUUACCACAUGAGCCAG